AUGCCUCCACUCAGGUGGCUCUUUUUAGUACUAUGCGCCGUGGUGGCAGUUCGAGCAGCCGAUGACAGCCUCAUCGGCUCUUUUAAGACAAUGUUCUUCGGUAAUGAACCUGAGAAGACCAACGACUCCGCCACUUCAUCACAAAAUAAUCCUCCGAUCAGUUAUCACCAGUAUGCGACUGCUUCAUCACCAUCCAGCCGCUCACAACCUCCAUCUGGACAAUCUUGUACCCUGCCACGUCAGAUUGGAACUGGACCCUACAGAAUUCCAAGAUGGUACUAUAACCCAGUCCGCGGACGUUGUGAGCUGUUCUAUUGGUCCGGUUGCUGUGGAAACGGAAACAAUUUCCAGACGUUCCAGACGUGCCAAUCGACCUGCGAAGUCGAUCCGUGCUCUCAGGACAAGGAACCGGGCGUGGGCGCCGUCCAACUGCCCCGCUUCUUUUUCAACAAGGAUUCCCGGAUUUGCGAGCAAUUCCAGUAUUUUGGCACCGGCGGGAAUCGCAAUAACUUCCAGACGCUUGAAGAGUGUCAAGCACAGUGUCCAGAAAGCCCGAAUCCAUGUGCCGUUACCGGUGGUGCAACACUAUCUCCGUGUGCUCCGGGUCAGGGAUGUGGUACUGGAAGCUAUUGCCACGUCGGAGCCCAGACACAGACCACCGUGUGCUGCCCCAAGCCGGCGGCCGUCGAUCGAUGCCAACAACCGUUGAAUGUUGGAAUUGGUAACUCGAAUUUGCAGAGAUGGUACUUCAACCCGCUUACCCAACAAUGCUCAACAUGCACUUAUCGUGGACUCCAAGGAAAUGAGAACAACUUUUUGUCUCAAAAUGAAUGCGAGCAGUCUUGUUUGGUAAACCCCUGCAAAAUCGGCUCUCCAUACCGUUCUCAAGGAAUCACCGUCCAGUGCUCAGCCAUGAGCCCAACUGUGUGCCCAGCUGGCCACUACUGUCAUCUCGGAGCCGACGCAACUACCUCUGUGUGCUGCCAGGCUCUUGGAAACUCUCCAUGCGAAGAAGAGAUGACUCAAGGUGAGGGCCCAUCAGCCCUCACCCGCUUCUACUACGAUGCCUCCCAACGGAAGUGUCUCGCCUUCAACUACCUCGGUCUGAAAGGAAAUCGUAACAACUUCCAAUCCAAAGAGCACUGCGAGAGCACCUGUCCCGUCUGGACCAAUCCCUGCGCAAUCGGCCAACCAAUCAUGACAGUCGGGCAGAAGCCGUUCCAGUGCCACCAGGGAGCCACCUGCUCCACCGGGUACUUCUGCCACCUCGGAUACGACGACGCUACCACAGUUUGCUGCCAGUCAGAAGGUGAUCCGUGCUCGCUGGUUGUCAAGGAAGGCUCCGGCAACCAUCAUCUCUCCCGAUGGUUCUACAACUCCAACACUCGACAGUGUCAGCCAUUCACUUAUACUGGACAGGGAGGAAAUGAGAAUAACUUCUUGCUCCGCGAGCAUUGUGAGGCGACGUGCCCGGUAUGGAUCAAUGCCUGCCCAUCUGGGGAGCCAUAUCUCCUGCCGAAUGGGAAACCACAGCCUUGCGAUUCGGCGAACGUGAACUCGUGCCCAUUGACUCACUGGUGCCACCCAGGGCCUGAUGCUUCGACGACUAUGUGCUGUCCAGGGAAGGCUGAUCCGUGUACGCAGACUUUGGCUCAGGGAGAGGGACCACUCAGUGUGGCGAGAUUCUACUUCAACGCGCAAAGCCGCACGUGCGACGAGUUCAUGUUCCGUGGGCUUAAGGGAAACUCGAACAACUUUAAGUCCCAGGAAGACUGCGAAAAGGCUUGUCCAGUCCAGCAGAAUCCGUGCCCAAUCACCAUGUCCUCCCUGAAACACUCGGCUAAACUUGUCCCAUGCUCCGCCACAAAGUCCUGUCCGUCCCAGCAGUGGUGUCAUUACGGAGAGACCAAGGAGACUACAGUGUGCUGUCCGAAUGCCGUCGACGACCCAUGCACCGCCCCACCUCGCAACCCAGGAGUCGGCGAGUUCCACGCAACUCGCUGGGCCUUUGAUGGAUCGGCCCGCAAGUGUGUCCCAUUCGAGUAUCGCGGAAUGAAGGGCAACUCGAAUAACUUCCUGACCCGCGAGAACUGCGAGAAGCGGUGCCCCGUCUUCCAAAACCCGUGUAAAAUCGGCGAGCCCCACAUCCAGAACAACCAGUACAUGCAGUGCUCCCCACAGCAAGUGUGUCCUGGAGGACACUAUUGCCACGUUGGCACUGAAGCCAACUACUGUUGCAAGGCUCUUGGCGGCGACCCGUGUGGACAACCUUUGGACCGAGGAGUCGGAGGAUCCCAGCUCUCCCGCUGGUACUGGAACCAGCAGUCUCAGUGCUGCUUGCCAUUCAGCUACUGUGGGCAGAAGGGAACUCAGAAUAACUUCCUGACCAAGCAGGAUUGUGAUCGGACGUGUUACGAACUCGACAACCCAUGUGCUCUCGGAGACCCUCAGAUGGCUCAGAACAACCGCCCUCUGCAGUGCUCCGCGACCGCAAGCACCUGCGGAGCCCAGUUCUGGUGUCACUUCGGAGCCAAUCAAGACACCACAGUUUGCUGUCCAGGACGAGUCGAAUCCCCUCAAAUCUGCCAGCAACCGAUGGCCGUCGGAACCGGAGGAGCCACUCUUCCACGUUGGUACUAUAACGCGCAGACCAUGCAAUGUGUCCAGUUCAACUAUGCCGGGCGGAUGGGAAAUCAGAAUAACUUCCAGAGCCAGCAGGCUUGCGAGCAGACGUGUCCAGUGUACGUAAACGUGUGCCCCACCGGUUCGCCGAUGCUUGACGCCUCCACCAACAAGCCCGUUCCGUGCACAUUCGGCUCGAACUCGUGCGGUGCCGAUCACUGGUGCCAUUUGGGUCUGGUGCCCGACGAGUACCAAUGCUGUCCAGGAUCACCGACGAAUCCCGGAGCGUGUCAAGGUCUUCCAGAGUCGGAAGGAGUGACCGGUGCACCGGCUCCACCGACUUCCAGAUGGUACUACGAUCAGACAGAUAUGCAGUGCAAGCAGUUCACCUAUAACGGAAGACGAGGAAAUCAGAACAACUUCCUCACCCAGGAGGAUUGUGCAGCCACCUGUGACGUAUUUACCAACCCUUGCAACCAGCCAAUCGCUCUGCCAGCCACCCUCUGCUCGGGAACGGGCUCCUCGGACACUUGCGGAGCCAACAUGUGGUGCCACAUCGGAGCCAACCAGGAUUCUACAGUUUGCUGUCCAUCGGAAGGAGACCCAUGCUCGCUCCCACUGGCCCGCGGAUCUGGCAACCAGUUCAUGGACCGUUUCUACUACAACCAGCAGACCGGCUCGUGCCAACAGUUCACCUAUUCCGGACUUCACGGAAACCAGAACAACUUCUUGACUCAACAGGCCUGCGAGGAGCAGUGUGGACCAAACCCGUGCUUCGAAGGCCGCCCGUUCGUCGGAGCCGACGGAAGAACCCAGACAUGCUCGGCGUCCGCAAACUUCAACACAUGCCCAUUGAACCAUUGGUGUCACAUUGGCUCUGAUCUUUCGACCACCGUGUGCUGCCCCGGAGCUUCCACCAACGCCUGCAACCUGCCAAUGUCCACCGGAGAAGGAAACGCCCGGCUUGACCGAUUCUACUACGAUCAGCAGACCAAGACCUGCAGACCGUUCGUGUAUAACGGGCUGAAGGGUAAUCAGAACAACUUCAUCUCCCUGAGAGCUUGCCAGCUAUCCUGCCAGCCACUCGACAAUCCAUGCAUCGGACAGCCCGCCACCACUGCCGCCGGCCAGGUGCUCUUCUGCUCGAUCACUAACAAAGACUCCUGCCCUGUGAACUUCUGGUGCCACAUCGGAGCUACACCGGAGACCACCGUAUGCUGUCCUGGAGCCACUAACCCGUGCUCUGUGCCUUUGGCGCCAGGUACAGGAAACGCUGGAUUGGCAAGAUACUACUAUAAUCCAGAUGAUAGGCAAUGCCUCCCAUUCCAAUACAACGGAAAACGCGGAAACCAGAACAACUUCGAGAACCAAGCAGACUGCGAGAGGACGUGUCCAGUAUUCAUCAAUCCUUGCCUCGGAGAGGUGAUCCUCGAGGACGGAGCACCCAAGCCGUGCAAGCCGCUGCUCAAGAACUCGUGUGGCUCCGCGACAGAGUUCUGUCACACUGGAAACCCAUCGGAUCAAAACUCGAGCUUCUGCUGCCCAAGGAUCAAUCAGGAUCCUUGCAAUGCAUUCGUCAGGAAUGGAGAAGGCAACUUCAACAUGACCAGGUACUACUACAAUCCUGUGGAAGGCGACUGCUUCUCCUUCCAGUACAGAGGGCUCAAGGGGAAUGAGAAUAAUUUCCUGACGCUGAAAAUGUGCCAGGAGACUUGUAAGCCAUUGACCACCGCGUGCUUCGGAGGAGAAUCUCCACUGAUGAACAACGGACGAGUAGUUCAAUGCCACAACCACGUGUGCCCGACAUCUCACUACUGCCACCGAGGCGCUGACGUCAGAUCUACCGUAUGCUGCGCGCGACGUGGCAACUCUUGUGAUCAGCAGCUCAUGCUCGGCGUCGGUGACGCUGCGAUCGAUCGGUACUACUACGACACUACAGACGACGCGUGCAUGGCGUUCAACUACACCGGCGUCGGCGGGAAUGAGAAUAACUUUUUGACGAAGGCAGAGUGUCAGAUUGCGUGCCCCGGGUACCGGGGGUACUGUCCUCACGGGAAGCCUGAUGUGACGGACCACUCGCUGACGACGUGCGGGAUUGAUACUGGUUGCCCGAGGGAUCAUGUCUGCCACGUCAGCAAGCGGGGAUCGAAGACCGUGUGCUGUCCGGAUCCGGCAUCCUUCUGCCUGGUCCGAGCCGAUCCGGGCCCUUGCAAUCGAGAAAUCCCCCGAUGGGCCUACGACAAGGCCUCUGGCUCCUGCAAAAAAUUUAUAUUCGGCGGAUGUCAGGGCAACCUGAACAACUUUGACACAGUGCAAAAGUGCACGGAAAUUUGCUGUGAUAAGGGCUACAACUAG